AUGAGUGGAAAGAUCAUCUUCUUUGAGGACAGAGACUUCCAGGGCCGCUCUUUUGAGUGCGUCAGCGACUGCUCUGAGAUUGCCUCUCACCUGAGCCAAUGCAGCUCCUGUAGGGUGGAGAGUGGGACAUUCAUGGUCUAUGACCAGCCCAACUUCAAGGGCCUGCAGUACCUCCUGACCAGGGGAGAAUAUCCCGAUUACCAGAAUAGCAUCGGCUUCAAUGAUUGCAUUCAGUCCUGCCGCAUUGUCCCUGUGCACAAAGGGCCCUUUAAGAUGAGGAUCUACGAGAGACCAAACUUUGAAGGCCAGAUGCAUGAAGUGACUGAUGACUGCAACUCCAUCCAGGAUAACUAUCACAUGUCGAGCAUGCAGUCCUGCAACGUGAUGGAUGGCUACUGGUUGAUGUUUGAACAACCAAAUUAUGAGGGGCGGAUGUUUUAUCUGAAGCCAGGGGAGUACAGGAACCUCAGGGAAAUCACCAGUAAUGACAUGAAAUUCAAUUCAAUCAGGCGUAUCAGAGAAUCUUAA